UGGAAUGUUGACYAACGAAUGGACAGAAAACAUGGACGACCAGCGGGACGUUCAAGUUUCAAAACGAAACGGCAGCUCGAAGUCAUUUAUAUCCGCCGGUUCUGCCGUGGAUAUGGAGAUUAAACGAAAGAAAAUUCGACAGAGCGCCUUGUUUUUACCGACAGAGACCACUAAUGUUCAAGAGAAGCUCGACUUUGAAAUGCGAAUGCGUGAGGGGGCCUACAAGCUGCUGCUCGCCUGCAGUAAGAGAGAGCAGGUCCUCAACGCUUCCAAGAACCUGCUGACCUGCAACGCCAGGAUAAAGACRUACCUCGCACAGCUGCAGAGGAAGAAAGAGGAGCAGGGUGCGAUGAGGGUAGAGAGGAGUUGCACAGAUGAUCGUUUGCCUUGUAAUGGGACCAUUGCAGUGACUGGCUUGAGAUUUCCUCUGUUGUGGAAGGACUCGGAUCACUUUAAUAAUAAAGGGAGCUCUCGUCGGGUGGCGGUGUUCUGUCUGAUGCAGAUUGGCUCAGAGGUGUUUGACACUGAGAUGGUCGUGGUGGACAGAUCCGUCACCGACAUCUGCUUUGAAGGAGUCACCGCCUUUAAAGACGUAGUUCCCGAGUUUGAUCUGCGAGUGGAGCUGUGGAGCUGCUCCCUGGAGGAGGAGCUCACCUUGGUAAACACGCCAAAGAAACUGGCGAAGAAGCUCCGCGGCUCUUUUGGGAAGAACGCUGGAAAGAAGCUCUGCUCCCUGGUGGACGCUCCUGAUCCUGACACUUUUCUGCAGAACAAUCCAUUACCCUCUGGAGCCAAAUACAGCCUGCUGGCCUACACAACACUGGGUCUGCCUGACGCUGACGGCAACUUUCAGUCUCACUCCCUCAUCGUCUACCAAGACGCUGAAUGGUCGUCGUGGCUUCCUCUUUACGGCAACCUCUGCUGCCGGUUCGUCGUGCAGCCGACAUGUAUGACGCAGAGCAUGAUGAGUGGCUAUUUGAGUCAGAAGCAAAGCGUGGAGGGGAUGAGCCGCUGCUGCAGCCUGUUCUGUGUGCUGAGCGCCGGCUUUUUGUCCUGCUACUUCACCCCAGAGGAAAUUGAUGCUAAAGUGCCGCCCGCUUUUAAAGUCCCCGUCAAUAAGGAGACCAGGAUCCACGUGUUGAGCAAAAAGUCAGCGGGCCUCAAAUCCAAGACUCUGUCCAUCAUCAACCCUUCACCUGAGGGAUCUCAGACCGUUGUCUUCAUCGCAGACAGCGGAGACGAGCUGGACAGCUGGCUGGACGCCUUCAAACAGCAUCUCUAUGACCAGAGCCAGUGGCUGCACUGCUGCGACCAGCUAAUGAACAUCGAGGUCCUGUCGCCACGAAAACCAUCUCUUUUUCUCACCAAGCAGGCCGACUCUGUUUACAACGAUCUCAGUAUAAGCUCUCCCAGCAGGUUCGAGAGCAUUACAGAUAUCAUUCACAGUAAAAUUGAGGAUACAGAUGGCCACUUCCUUAUAGGUCAGGAGGAGAGGAGGGAGGUCCCCAACUGGUCCUCUCUUUUUGACGGGUCCCGUUCAGUGGUGGUGGAGAGGAGCGUUCUGUCCCAGAGCAACACCUCCACCCCUCGCUCGAGCCCCAGCCGCCCCGCCAGCUCCACGCCCCUCAGCAGCAAGAAGCGGCGAGCUCCGCCCCCGCCGUCCGACGCCAAGCCGUCCGCUCCCCCUGCCCGUCCGCCCAAACCCCCACUCCCCGCUCCUCCCCCGUCCCGGGAGAAGGAGAACCCGGCCGCCUGCGCUUCGCGUCCAGCCRCGAGGUCCAAGACGGGCCGUCCGUCUCUCGACGCCAAGUUCUCUGCCAUCAUCCAGCAGCUCCAGAGGAACAACGCCGGAGGCGGGGCCACCAGAAGGAACGCUCCGCUGGCCGUCCUCGACAUCCACCCGCAGGGUCCUCCCCAGCCUUCGCUCAAACCGCUCGACCACGAGGACCCCGACCUUCAGACGUCUGAGGAAACAGCUGAGGGUGGGUUUUUCAGAGCCUGUAGUGGUCCAGGUCCAGGGCCUGCUCCUGCGCCGCGCAGCAAACUAAGGAAGUCUUUCAGAGAGAGAAUGAACCUUAAAGCCCUGUAGCCUCAACAUUAACCAGUUCUAUAUUUGUCUUAACUACCACUAACAUGAUUUACUACAUAUUGUUUUUUUAUUAUUAACUGAGCCAAAUAAUAAAAUCACUUAACUGUACCUCAGUAAAAACAACUGCAAGUACAGAUAAAUACUUCAUUAUCAUUUUAUCAGCUUUAGAGUCAAGAACAAGAUGGAAACAUAUUUUUACACGUGUAUAAAGUUGAAUGCAGAAGUUUUAAGGGGACAAAUUGAGCAAAAUCCACUAUUUUAGCAGUUAAAUGCAUUUUGUUGUGUACUUGGAGUCUUUAGGAGUGCAGAAAAUUAGAAUUUAAUCUCUCCAGGUGCCUGGUAGAUAUCUCUAUAUUCUGUUUGAUU